AUUUGUAUAUAAUUUAAACAAUGACUAAUGCUUGUUUAAUUAUCUUGUGAGAAAUUCUCAGCAACAUAAAUGUGAAUUCAUCGUAUAUACCUAUGCAAUAGAUCAGCCGGUAAAGAAAUUUAACAGUAUACUCGGAGAGAAAAUAGUAUCGACAGAAACUUAACCUCUUCAUCAUAGUACAGCGAUUCAUUGUCAGUUGCAUUCCAAAUAUUAUGAAAAUGUUAUAAAAGAUAAAUAAAUUCAAUUCGAGGAACUUUUAUUGUGCAUUAAUCUGCCUUACGUAACGAAUAGCAUUAUAUUAUUAAUAAUAACGAUAAGACUACUCUCAUUUAGUCAUUUUGAGACGCGUAAUGAACGCGAAACAGCGCGUAACGGCUUUUACUAAGAACGAGUGUAGAAUCACGUACAGACUAGAUCUCAACUAGAUUUAAACAUUAAUUUCCCGCAUUUCAAAAAAACGUACGGAUUUAUAGUGAAGUGUAUUAGUUUUUUUUAAGAGUUGUUUGUUCCAGUGAAUCUUUGUUAUAUUGAAUUUAUUCCACGAUUUUGACGCAGUUACAAUUGAGAAUAUGAGCGCUACUUCGAACGCAACAUAUUUAGGAUUUGAUCUUAGUACACAGCAGUUGAAAGCAAUUGUCGUUGAUAACAAUCUCGCUGUUCUUCAUGAAACCAGUGUACAAUUCGAUACUGAUUUGCCAGGAUUUAGAACAUAUGGAGGCGUCAUUCACAAAAAAGAUGAGCCAAAUGUAGUAGUGGCUCCUGUUGUAAUGUGGAUCAAUGCUCUGGAUAUGAUUCUUGAUAAAUUGCGCGUGUGUGGCGUUGAUUUUAGCAAAGUGGCAGCCAUUUCUGGAUGCGCACAGCAACAUGGCACAGUUUACUGGAGCAAGGACAGUCAAAAAUAUUUGCAGCAAUUGGAUCCUGCGCAAUUCUUAUCCAUACAGUUAAUAGUCGCUUUUUCGAUCACACGAUCACCUGUGUGGAUGGAUUCCAGCACUACCGAAGAAUGUAAGAUGUUAGAAGAAGCUGUAGGCGGUCCUGAAAAAUUAGCAGAGAUAACAGGAUCACGAGCGUAUGAAAGAUUCUCAGGACCUCAGAUAGCGAAAAUAGCACGCACCAAACCGGAAGCCUACAAUUCUACUAAGAGAAUUUCUUUGAUUAGCAGUUUUCUUGCUUCCUUGUUUUUGGGAGAUUUUGCACCCAUUGAUUGGUCUGAUGGCUCUGGAAUGAACUUAUUAAAUAUUCAUACGAAAGAUUGGGAUGACGUCUUGUUAGAGGCUUGCGGUCCUGAUUUACGAAAAAAACUCGGGAAACCAGUUUCUCCGGGCACCGAUAUCGGACCAAUUUCGUCCUAUUUCGUCGAAAGAUUCGGCUUCGACAAGGCAUGUCGGAUAAUUGCGUUCACGGGCGACAAUUCCAGUUCUCUAAUAGGAAUGAGAUUGAAAGAAGGAGAUAUUGCUUGCAGUUUAGGAACAAGUGAUACUUUAUUUUUAUGGCUAAAUAAACCAAAAACUGCUCUGGAAGGACAUACUUUUUGCAAUCCUCUUGAUGAUGAAGCUUAUAUGGCAUUACUUUGCUUUAAAAAUGGAUCUCUAACUCGCGAAAGAAUACGUGACAGUGCAGCACAAAGUUCUUGGCAAAUUUUCAACGAAUUGCUGGAAAGUACUCCGCGUGGUAAUUUUGGAAAUUUAGGUUUAUACUUCGACACACAAGAAAUAUUGCCAUUUGUUAUUGGCGAUCAUAGAUUUAACAAAGCGAAUAAUGAAAUUUCGCGCUAUAGUUCAAAAGAAGUCGAAGUAAGAGCCUUAAUCGAGGGUCAAUUCGUUGCGAAAAGAGCUCAUGCUGAAGAUUUUGGUUUUGUUAUCGGACCAAAUACACGUAUUAUUGCGACUGGAGGUGCAUCUACGAACAAAGCUAUAUUGCAAGUACUUGCUGAUGUUUUUAAUUCGCCAGUAUAUAUAUCGGAAGUUGUUAAUUCAGCUGUGAUAGGUGCAGCCUAUCAAGCGAAAUAUGCUUUGCUACGAAAUGAAUGUAAUUUUGACGAGAUAACUCGAUGUUUACCAGAACCAACACUCAUAUGUCGACCUUAUGAUGAUGCAGAAUCAAUAUACAAAGCAAUGGUUGUACGUUAUCGGAAAAUCAUAGAACAAAUUAAAAACAAAAUAAGUACUAAAUGAAGGAUUACAUAUGCAUAAAGUAAAAGCAAAGCAAAAAAUUUUAAUAAUGCAUAAUAAUGCAUAAUAUUAGCCUAUAUAAAAGCAAUUGUCGCAUUUAGAACAUUUUAUAACUUAAAAUAUUGACAGAAUUCUAUUCUGAAAAAAAUUGUAUAUAGUAUU